AUGGUAGGAACAAGUAAAUCAGAUAAAGUAUUUUCUCAAAAGAAAGGUGCAGCUGCAUCUUCCUUUGGAAAACCACAGCAACAACAACAACAACAACAUACACCAUCAGUAAAGAUUGUAAACCCAUUCGAUAGAAAGACAAAUCGUGUUAAGCAUUCUGUUUUAGGAAAGAAGGUUGUUGGUACCUCUGGUAACAGAGGUCAAUCAAGAUAUAAUGACAUCGAAAGAAGAAAGAAAACAUUGUUAGUAGAGUUAAACCAAUCCAAAAAGAGUAAUCAAUUCUUGGAUCAAAGAAUUGCAGAGAAUGAUCCAACCAUGUCAGAGGAAGAUAAGAUGUUAGCAAGAUAUCAAAAGGAAAAAAUGAAAAAGAAUUUAUAUAAUUUGAAUGACGAUGAUGAUCAAUUGAUACAAGGUGGAUUGGGUGAUCAUUUGGCAGAUGAUUACGUUGCCGAUGAGGACGACGAGUUGAGAGAGGAGGAGAGAAUGUCUGGUGGUAGAAGAAGAAACAUCUAUGAACAGGACGAAGAGCGUGACGAGAACGGUGAGCCAAUCAAGAAGACCAGAGAAGAGGUGUUCCAAGAGAUCAUCGAAAAGUCAAAGGCAGGUAGAGCUGAACGUGCCAAGGAGAAGAUGCUCAAGGAAGACAUCACCAGAGAGUUGGACCAGGAGUUUGACGAGAUCAGAAGUGGCAGCAUGUUGAUGAUGCGUGGAAAAGACGAUCCGCUACUUUCGCUAUUCCCAACCAGUGAAGAGGAGCAAAAGAGACAGCAACAACAAAAGGAAAAGGAAAAUAAUAAAGAUCAACAACAAAAGGAGAAAGAGAAGCAACAGCCAGCUCAGCAAAAUGAAGAUGAUUUCGAUAAUUUGGUUUUGGAGAUGGCAAAUGAAGCGAGAGCUAAAGCUACCGAUAGAACAAAGACACCUGAGGAAGUCAUGAAGGAGGAGAAGGAGAGACUCGAUAAGUUGGAAGAGAAUCGUUUGAAGAGAAUGCGUGGUGAGAUCGUCGAAGAAGAUGAUGAGUCCGCCAAGAAAAUGACAAGAUACGAAAAGAGACAAAAGAAAUUGAAGAAAGACAAGACCAACUUACCAUCGAGACCAACCGCCGACGACCUCAACGAUGAUGACUUUGCAUUGGAUGAUCCAUUGGGUAAUAAGGAUGCUCCAUGGUAUGAUUUCAAAGAGAAUGGUGAAGGUGAAGAAGAUGGUGAAGAUGAAGAUGAAGAUGAAGAAUCAGAGGAUGGUGAUCAAGAUGAUGAUGAAGAGUUAGACGGUGAAGAUGAUGAUGAAGAUGAAGAAGGUGUAGAAGAAGAAGAAGAUGACGAUGAUGAAGAAUCAGAGGAUGAAGACGAUAUUGAAGCCAGUAGAAUUGAAGCAGAGAUUAGAAAGAUUAACUCUCAAAAGAAAGCAUCCGAAGAGAUUCCAUUCACUUUCGACGUUCCAAAGUCAAUCGAUGAGUUGAAUCAAUGGUUAGCCGGACGUACACAAGAAGAGAAGAAUCUCAUUUAUACACGUAUCAGAGUUUGCAAUCACGUCUCUCUCAAACCACAAAACAAAGAAAAGAUGAAAGUUUACCUUCCUGUUUUAUGGCGUCGUUUCGAGUUGAUAGCUGCCAACAACAACAACAAUAACAACGCUGAAAAAGAUAGUAGUAGUCUCGAUUGGUUAGAGUUGGAUCUUCUUGCAAAAUAUAUUUUCGAAGUAGGAAAGGAUGUACCUGAUAUUCUGGCUGCUACAGCACUUGCCAUGAUGCACAGUUGUUACAAACGUUGUUUGGCUCGUAUCGAAAAGGUAACUGUUGCCGCUGCUGCCAACAACAACGCCACUACUACUACUACAGUUGUUUCGGCAUGGCCAUCAGUCUCUGAAUUGCUAACAAUGAAGUUGAUUGCCAAUGUAUUCCCAACCUCUGAUUUCCAACACCAAGUGGUAACACCAACCACCGUUGCAAUGGCACACUUCCUCAUCCAACUUCCAAUCAUCACACCACACGAUAUUCUUUCAUCGAUUUUCCUUUCAAAUAUUUUCAAAUAUUAUUUAGUUAGUGCUAAUAAAUAUUCACCGGAAAUAACAUCGGUAGUUAUUAGUUUGUUGUCAUCAUUUGCUUCACAACAAAAGACAGCAGCAGCAACAGCAACAGCACAGACAAAGACAAAUAAGGAUAGUGAUCAAUGGGCAUCGUUCAACACAGGUAUUCUUGUGCCAAACAUGAUGUUGAAAGACAAAUGUUUGGCAUUCGCUAACAAGAAGACAUUGAAAAAGGUAACACCUGCCACUCAAUUCGAUUUCAACUAUUUAAUUAAAUCAAAACAAGAGCAAUCACAAAAGUAUUUCGGAACUGAUCAAUUUAGAAUUGAUUUAUUAUAUUUAUUAUUAAACUUUGUUGAAUCAUAUGUUAAACAAAUGAUAUUGUCAGAGAAUACCGAAUCAUUACCAUCUGUAUUACAAUUGUUUUUGAAUCAAUUGAAUCAAUUCGAUAGUCAGUUAUUCAAUCAAGUACUUCAAGAUAAGUUGAAAUUGGUUAAAGAUUUAAUUGGUGAAAAGAACAAGUCGAUCGUUGAGAAGAGAGUACCGUUGACAUUGUUGGUCGGUAAGCCAGUGGAGAAGAAGACAUUCACACCCAGCUUCAGCAAAGAGUAUCAUGAACACGGUGACGAUCCAGAUGUCGUUAGACAGGAAGCAAGAAAGCUAAAGGCACUCCACAAGAAGGAGAUGAAGGGUGCCAUCAGAGAGUUGAUCAAGGACAACAACUUUAUCCAACAGGAGAAGACCAAGCAACGUAUGGCCGAGCGUCAAGAGAUCGAAAUCAAACGUAAGAAGAUCAUGUCUGAACUCGAACAAGAGCAACACGAGCACAAACAAUACAAGAAGAUGAAAGAUCGUCUCGAUGGUAGAAUUUAA